AUGCACGACGGUGUUCAUCCGACCGGCUUCCUCGACAAGCGCUCGCGCCGCGCUUGGAAUGGCCUUCUCGUCAUCAUUGGCAUCAUCUUUGUGACCUUGCUUGUCAUGGCCGGCGCAAUGGUCCAUGAGAUCAUCGAAUUCCAGGAAAAGACUCCCGAGGAUAUCAACAACCAGGAACAAGCCAACACCUGGAUGAUUUACAAGCGAGCUGCCGCUGCCGUCGACGAUGGCCAUCAUCCCAACGCCGUCCUCACGCUGGUCCCGACCCUUGAGACCGUCGACUCGACCCCUGGACAUGAAACCAACGCCAUGUCGGUCAUGAUUGAAACCCUCAUCACCAUUGUCACCCAGACUGUUUAUCCCAACUCCCAUACCUCUACCACCCCGACUCCCAAGCACCCCUUCGGCUCGACCUCGGAUGCUGCUUCGAGCACCACUGGGUCCCCCAAGGAGCAUCCGUCCGAGGCUACCGCUGCCACUUCAGGCACUAUUUCGACUGAUGCCGUGGUCAAGACUGGUCUGAUGUGGUGCGCAGACGGGCAGCGCCUCAAUGACGUCUACACGCCCUGCACCUAUGUCUACACGGAGCCUCCGUCUCCCAACGGCCAGGCCCAGGCCACCGGCGCCGCCAUGCAGAGCACUCCCGUCGCCUCCUCUGCUGCCGGGCGCAAGCGUCCCUUGAGCUUGGUGCGGAUCUGUCUGGACAUCGCUCAAUGGUCUAUUGACAAUUUCCCCGGAUGGCAUCCCGCCAUUGACCACUAUGCCAGCACCCACUCCCCGCAUAUCAAUACCUUUGAAGACAAGCUCCGAAAGGCAUUCAACAGACGUGUACGUCAAGACUCUCAGUACCGGCAGGCCGAAGCCAAAAUGCAGCACUGCGUCGUCGCGGCCAUGAAGAUAUGGACGGAGGCUGCCGUGCACAGCGCCAAGCUGCCGAUCAAGGGCGAUACCUCUGCCUGCGAUGAAGAAUUGAAGAUCGAGAUGGCUGCCCUCGAAGAGCAGAUCCUCGAGUUGAACCGCCAGCUGGAUACGUCCAAAGACGAUCUCGACAAGUGCCAGAGAGCCUUUCCCCACCACGAGGGUACCAAUAUUCUACUCAUAUAA